UUGCUGUUGAAAAGCUUACCUCUCUAGGGAGGAAUCAGAUAUCAGACUUCGCCAAGCCCCAGGUCCAACCCAGAAGGUCCCACCUACACCCCCCCCCACCCCCCCUCCCCAUCCCAGCUUUGUUAGAUUGCUAGAAUCGAUCGCUGGCUUUUUCUAACCCAACAGUGGGUGAAGGAAAGAGCCUGAAAGCCGGCAAGGUGGGGGUGGAAGAAGACUGGGACCACUUUUGUAGAGAAAGAAAGAAAAAGAGAAGAAAACGGGUGGGGGCCAUGGGGACUAGGCUUAACUGAUGCCUGCCUGCCUCUCUUUGAUUUGAUGGCCUUUAUUCCUUCUAAUUGGAUAAAAUAGGAAGUCAGUGGCGGUCCUGUACGGCUGGGAUACUGAUUUUACUCAGACCAGCCUGCAGCUCUAGAGUGGAUAGAAAGUGAAGAGUGGGGGUUGGGAGAGGGGGAGGAAAGAGAGAGGAGAGAGGACGGGCUUGGAUGAAGAGGGGAAAGAAAGAGAAAGAGACUGAAGCAGAGAAGAGCCGCAGAGGAAGAAAGUGAAUGAGCACUCAAGAAGGACAAAGAGGAGUAGCCGGGGGUGGGUGGAGGCAGGGCGGGGAAGGGAGUGACCGCCCCUCCUGGCCGCACUCUUGCCUCCCCAGCCCUUGGUGUUUGCAGUGAUGCUCCGAGGGCAGGCACCUGCUGCUCUGUAAUGAUUCAGCCCCUUUCAGCCGUCGUCGCGCUAACACAACAGGAUGCUGUUGCUAUUGUCACUGCUGCCUCUCCUGCCGCCGCCGCUGCUGCCGCCGCCGCCGCUGGUCCUCCUCCUGCUGUUACUUCUCCUGCAUGACAGUUGUUUUCUUCAUCUGAGCAGACACCAGCUUCAGAUGCUCGAGGUGAGAAACAUGCCUUUCAGUUUGGGCUACUGGUUUACUUAAUUCACCAGCGGGCAGCUCCGUCGAUCUAUUUUGGUCCCUGUCCUCUUGACCAGCCCGGGAUGGUUUGGAGAAGCAUUUAAAAGAACUCGAAAAGUGGCUCAGAAACAGCAGCUUAGAGAACUAUUAAGAUAUACUUUGAUUUUGUAGUUGCUGAGAGCUUUUCUUCCCCCCUUGCAUCUUCCCAAACUCUUCUUGAUUUUUAUAAUGGCCUUGGACUUGGACAGUUUAUCGAUUUCCCCCUGUAAGAUGCUGUAUCAUUUGGUUGGGGGGGCCUCUGCGUGGUAAUGGACCGUGAGAGCGGCCAGGCCUUCUUCUGGAGGUGAGCCCAUGGAGAUUUAUUCCCCAGACAUGUCUGAGGUCGCCGCCGAGAGGUCCUCCAGCCCCUCCACUCAGCUGAGCGCAGACCCAUCUCUUGAUGGGCUUCCGGCAGCAGAAGACAUGCCAGAACCCCAGACUGAAGAUGGGAGAACCCCUGGACUUGUGGGCCUGGCUGUGUCCUGCUGUGUGUGCCUGGAAGCUGAGCGCCUGAGAGGUUGCCUGAACUCAGAGAAAAUCUGCAUUGUCCCCAUCCUGGCUUGCCUGGUCAGCCUCUGCCUCUGCAUCGCCGGCCUCAAGUGGGUAUUCGUGGACAAGAUCUUUGAGUAUGACUCUCCUACUCACCUUGACCCGGGGGGGUUAGGCCAGGACCCUAUUAUUUCUCUGGACCCAACUGCUGCCUCAGCUGUGUGGGUGUCGUCGGAGGCAUACACUUCACCUGUCUCUAGGGCUCAAUCUGAAAGUAAGGUUCAAGUUACAGUGCAAAUUGACAAGGCUGUUGUCUCCUCUGAACCGUCAGUGGCAUCAACACCGAAGAAUCGUAUUUUUGCCUUUUCUUUCUUGCCUUCCACUGCACCAUCCUUCCCUGCACCCACCCGGAACCCUGAGGUGAGAACACCCAAGUCAGCAACUCAGCCACAAACAACAGAAACUAAUCUCCAAACUGCUCCUAAACUUUCUACAUCUACAUCUACUACUGGGACAAGCCAUCUUGUAAAAUGUGCAGAGAAGGAGAAAACGUUCUGUGUGAAUGGAGGCGAAUGCUUCAUGGUGAAAGACCUUUCAAACCCCUCGAGAUACUUGUGCAAGUGCCCAAAUGAGUUUACUGGUGAUCGCUGCCAAAACUACGUAAUGGCCAGCUUCUACAAGCAUCUUGGGAUUGAAUUUAUGGAGGCAGAGGAGCUCUACCAGAAGAGAGUGCUGACCAUAACCGGCAUCUGCAUCGCCCUCCUUGUGGUCGGCAUCAUGUGUGUGGUGGCCUACUGCAAAACCAAGAAACAGCGGAAAAAGCUUCAUGACCGUCUUCGGCAGAGCCUUCGGUCUGAACGAAACAACAUGAUGAACAUUGCCAAUGGACCUCACCAUCCCAACCCACCCCCCGAGAACGUCCAGCUGGUGAAUCAAUACGUAUCUAAAAACGUCAUCUCUAGUGAGCAGAUUGUUGAAAGAGAAGCAGAGACAUCCUUUUCCACCAGUCACUAUACUUCCACAGCCCAUCACUCCACUACUGUUACCCAGACUCCUAGCCACAGCUGGAGCAACGGACACACUGAAAGCAUACUUUCGGAAAGCCACUCUGUAAUCAUGAUGUCAUCCGUAGAAAACAGUAGGCACAGCAGCCCAACUGGGGGCCCAAGAGGACGUCUUAAUGGCACAGGAGGCCCUCGUGAAUGUAACAGCUUCCUCAGGCAUGCCAGAGAAACCCCUGAUUCCUACCGAGACUCUCCUCAUAGUGAAAGGUAUGUGUCAGCCAUGACCACCCCGGCUCGUAUGUCACCUGUAGAUUUCCACACGCCAAGCUCCCCCAAAUCACCCCCUUCGGAAAUGUCUCCACCCGUGUCCAGCAUGACGGUGUCCAUGCCUUCCAUGGCGGUCAGCCCCUUCGUGGAAGAAGAGAGACCUCUACUUCUCGUGACACCACCAAGGCUGCGGGAGAAGAAGUUUGACCAUCACCCUCAGCAGUUCAGCUCCUUCCACCACAACCCCGCGCAUGACAGUAACAGCCUUCCCCCUAGCCCCUUGAGGAUAGUGGAGGAUGAGGAGUAUGAAACGACCCAGGAGUACGAGCCAGUCCAGGAGCCUGUUAAUAAACUCGCCAAUAGCCGGCGGGCCAAAAGAACCAAGCCCAACGGCCACAUUGCUAACAGAUUGGAAGUGGACAGCAACACAAGCUCCCAGAGCAGUAACUCAGAGAGUGAAACAGAAGAUGAAAGAGUAGGUGAAGAUACACCUUUCCUGGGCAUACAGAACCCCCUGGCAGCCAGUCUUGAGGCAACACCUGCCUUCCGCCUGGCUGACAGCAGGACUAACCCAGCAGGCCGCUUCUCGACACAGGAAGAAAUCCAGGCCAGGCUGUCUAGUGUAGUUGCUAACCAAGACCCUAUUGCUGUAUAAAACCUAAAUAAACACAUAGAUUCACCUGUAAAACUUUAUUUUAUAUAAUAAAGUAUUCCACCUUAAAUUAAACAAUUUAUUUUAUUUUAGCAGUUCUGCAAAUAGAAAACAGGAAAAAAAAACUUUUAUAAAUUAAAUAUAUGUAUGUAAAAAUGUGUUAUGUGCCAUAUGUAGCAAUUUUUUACAGUAUUUCAAAAUGAGAAAGAUAUCAAUGGUGCCUUUAUGUUAUGUUAUGUCGAGAGCAAGUUUUGUACAGUUACAGUGAUUGCUUUUCCACAGUAUUUCAGCAAACCCUCUCAUAGAUUCAGUUUUUGCUGGCUUCUUGUGCAUUGCAUUAUGAUGUUGACUGGAUGUAUGAUUUGCAAGACUUGCAACUGUCCCUCUGUUUGCUUGUAGUAGCACCUGAUCAGUAUGUCUUGUAAUGGCACAUCCGUCCGAUACGCCUCUCUCGUGUAUGAAGUUUUCUUUGCUUUCAGAAUAUGAAAUGAGUUGUGUCUACUCUGCCAGCCAAAGGUUUGCUCAUUGGGCUCUGAGAUAAUAGUAGAUCCAACAGCAUGCUACUAUUAAAUACAGCAAGAAAACGCAUUAAGUAAUGUUAAAUAUUAGGAAGAAAGUAAUACUGUGAUUUAAAAAAAACUAUAUUAUUAAUCAGAAGACAGCUUGCUCUUACUAAAAGGAGCUUUCAUUUACUUUAUUUGGAUUUAUUUUUCUUAACAAAAAGCAACAGUUUUAGGGAUAGCUUAGACAAAUGGGUUCUGGCUUGCUAUCAGGGUAAAUCUAACACCUUACAGGAGGACUCAGUGUCACUUUCUCUCUGGGGGAAUGAUCCAGCGGCUUCUCUAGUUGAAGAUCAAAGCACAGCUGAUAAAGGUGCAAUCAUUUCUGACUUGUAUUUUUCACUGAUUUUGAGCUAGUGAUUGGUUGUGUCUUCUCGGCUCAGAAGGAGGCAUAUUGUGGCACAAAAAGUCCAGGCCAGACAGCACAUGCAGCAUUUUGUCUGAAGUACUUCUAGAGUCAAACGUGCCUGCUAUACGUAGCAGUGACUUGUCAUCAUAGGGAAAUAUUUCCGUCAUAGAGUGUUCAGAAGGAGUGACCAUAUAGGUGGAGAGAAGCUUGAUGACUCGGUUGAAAUUUUAAAAUGUGGAUGAUCAUCCCUUUCUACCCCUUAUUUUUCUCUUAUUUUUCCAUGUUGCCUUGAUCAGGUCAUAACUGUGCAUGAACAUUUUUAUCAGGAAUGGCCGAUGUGUAUGUGAUUUUUGAUUAGUUAGAACUUUCCACAAGUCAUGAUUCAUCAGGAAAUGUCGAUCCUGUUGGAAAGAUUGCACCUUUACUUGCAGAAGUGACCCCCACCUGUGUCCUGACCUCUCCAUUAACAGGCUCCACCACCCAUUUCCCCCGCCUCCUUUAAUUUCUGCUUUACUGUCAUAACGUAGGACUAAGAUUGGUCUAAACAUUGCAUGUUCUCUUGUGAUGGUAAAUCAAAGGAAGACCUAUAAGUAUUAACAUUUGAAAUAACUGCUAAUUCAGGAAAAUGGAAGAAAAAAGUUAUUUGAAACACAGAACCCAUUUCAUGGCCUGCCUGAUAUCUGUGAAAUCAGGGCUGGGGCUUAGGUUUCACGUAGCCUCCUAGGUGCCGUGAAACAAAUGGGAAACAGGUUAUUGGCGGGGGGAGGUUCAUGAAGUCAGUGAGAGUCAUUGCUUAUUAUUUGUGAGUGAACUGAAUGUAUUUCUUCACCAAAUCUUGAUGUUAAACAUUAAAAAGGAGAAAUGACAUGUAAGUAGGUCUUAGCAGAAAAAUGCAGGCUGGGCAUGAGUCAUGUUAUGCUCCCACAUGCUUCUGCAAUCCGCAGAGAUGGCUCUCUGCAGGUUCUUGAAGUUACUGUUAGUAUUUUGUAUCUCAGAUUUUCCAUCACUGUUCACAUGCCACUUUCUCUGUGCUCGAUGGUAUCCUCAUUUGCUUUUUAACCUACACUGAGAAGCCUCUGUCAACUUGUACUGAUUUUUCAAUUCUGCAGAAAUGAGUAAGCUCACGGCAUGGGGAAGAAGAGAGUCAGUCCAGUGAAGUUCUCUAAAUUAUUUUAACAUUGACUUUGAAGGCCUUGACUCAUCCUUAGCUAUUUUAAUAAAGAAAUUCCUACCAUAAAUUUAAAACCCUAAAAAUUCAAGUUUCAAAUUCUUUGGGCAUUGGGGUACUCAGAUGUCCCAUUAUGGAAGAAUUUUGAGAAUAAAUAGAACCUUCUGUUGAGAACCAUGAGCAACAUUUUUCUUACUAUAAGAAUUGCUAUACAUUUUCCAAUUGCAAAUAUAUAUGAAAAUUUAAGACAAGAGGAAGUUUUAUUUCCAACUUGAUUCUGAUCAUUCACAGAGGUGGCAUGUUAUUAUAAUUGGGACAGCCUUUGAACCCUUGGUAAGAAAGGCCAACUGGUCAGGGCCACCUGCCGUGGCCACUAGAUUUGUGUUCACAGGGAUAUCUCUGUGAUGCUUGUCACAUCACUCUCAGCCACUUCUAUUAAUAAAUUCAGGCAGUGCAGUGGCAAUCGUAGUGUGAACCUGUGUUUCCAGCAUAUGGAAAGCUAUCUUGGGUUUUAAGGCACUAGAAAUUGCCCAGGAUUUUGACAGAAUCUUUGUUUCCUGGGUCUAAAAUCAUAUUCCACUGAGGUGUAUGCAGUGGAGCAUAAUAUAUGCAAAACUCUUUUUGUCUCACCUAAGAUUCACUUUCUUACUUUCCCUUCCUGCCUAAUAUGACUUUUGCCCCCAGGAGCGCCUGGACAGCAUUCUAGUUUCUACAAAAUGGCCUUCUGUGUCGGUGAAUGUGUCCCAAACCUGCUAUCUCUUUCUUGUUUCAGUGUGACUGUCUUGAUAUAGGUAGAGUUUAUCCAGGGUAACUUGCUCAGUAACUACUCCUUCUUAUGGCCUGGGGUUAAAGGGCGCAUGGCUCACACUGAUGAAAAUAAGGAAGGCCUGGUCUUAUCUUGUAUUAAUAAUACUGCCUGCAUUCCACCAGCCAGAGAUUUCUAUCUGCAAAGACCUAUGAAACACUGAAGAGAAAUGUAGGCAGAAGGAAAUGGCCACAUAUCACAAGUUCUAUUAUAUAUUCUUUUGUAAAUACUUAUUGUACAUUACUUGGAUGUUUUCUUAUAUCAUUUACUGUCUUUAUGAGUUAAUGUCAGUUUUUACCCUCUCAACUUACUGUGUAACAUUGUAAAUAACAUAAUGUCCUUUAUUAUUUAUAUUUAAGCAUCUAACAUAUAGAGUUGUUUUCAUAUAAGUUUAAGACAAAUGUCAAAAAUAUAUGUUCUUUUGUUUUUCUUUGCUUUAAAAUUAUGUAUCUUUUCCUUUUUUUUUUUAAGAAUAAUUUAUUGUUCAGGAGAAAGAAUGUAUAUGUAAUUGAAACUAUCUGAAGAAUGCACAUUGAAGGCCAUGAGGUACUGAUAAACUAAAGAAUUUAUUAUUCAAAAUACUAAGCAAUAAGUAAUUGUGAUUUAUUUAAAGUUUUGUCCAUUUUCCAUGAAAGACAUACUGCAAUAAAAAUGCUACUCUGUGGAGA